AUGCUUCACAAUCGUUUUAUUGUGGUUCUUUUAUGUGUGGUUUUCGUUAUUGCAUUGUCAACUAAUCAAGAAAGUAUUGAGUUUCAACUUUACAAAGCCAUUGAUAACUAUCCAAUCAAUGAAACAAGCCGGGAUGAAAUACGUUUAGUUCUUUCCAACUAUAAGAGUGACCUUCUCAAGAUGAGACUUGCAGCAGCUGCACUUUUGACAGUUGGGCUAAGUUUUAUUGGUGGUGGCUUAAACCACGUUUGCAGUAAUACAAUAGUUGGUCAACCACUUGGAAAUACAAAUUGUAUCAUAUUGAAUAUAGCUAGUAUUGCCUUGAUAAAUGGCCUACUGCUUAAGGGUAAGGUUGAUCCUAAAAAAUUUAUGAUUUUAUGGCAUGGUGAUUUUAAAUUGAAACCUCCACAAGAUCCUAAAGAAUGGAAUGAUAUUGUUAAAACUGCACAUGAUCAAGGCUGGAAAAUUGAAACUUUAUAUUAUACAACAAUAUUAUGGAAUGAUGAAAAUGACGUUAUUAUUAUAGGACGGGAUCGUAAUGUCGUUUAUUCGGUUGAUGGCACUAUAUUCAAUCGGUUUGGAGGUGAUAAAUCAAAGUAUAAUAUUAUACAUUUCAAAACCAAGCCAUCAUUAAAAAAAACUGAAUCCAUCUUUUUUGGAGAUUCAAGGUUGAUAGAUAACAGUUUAGCUGAUUUUGGGAUGGCUAUGAAUAUCAGUAGCUAUACAGAUUUGCUUUGA